AUGGCAUCUCUAGUACAAAAGGCCAUGCCGACCAGAAAACGCAAACUUACGGGCCCCAGGACGCGUCUGGCGCUAAAAAUGAGCUCGAGUCGAGAAACUUCCCCGGUAAUAGAUUUGACCCAGGAUGGGGAAAAGGACGACUGCGACACUGGGACCCACAAGAAAGAUCAUAGAAAGAGGAAAGGUGCUGGAGGAAAAGCCAAUGAGAAAGCGAAAGGGAAGAAAGGAAGCCCGAGAAAGGAUUUGGCGAAUGAAAGCGAUAAGGCAGGUCCAGCCAACGAAACUGCAAAUGAAAGCGAUAAGUCAAGUCCAGCCAUAGAAACUACCGAAGAACUGAAUGAGACGCGUGAACCAGUAACCCAAAAGACAAGUCGGGAGAGCGUGAAAGAGAACAGCAAAAGUCCUGAGAGGCAGCAGAGUCUAAGUGUAGAUCACACUCAGAAUAAUGGCAUAGACAUCCCACAAUAUUCGCAUACUACAGAGCAUCCCCACUCUACCGAGAAGACUGAUCUCAAUUGCUCGAAACCGAUCGAUGCGGUUCUUGCAAGCAUUCUGAAAGCCCAGAGUCCAAAGCAUGUCCACAGCCCGAACAAAAACAACAGUUUCGAGGCAAACAACGAUAAACACGACGGAAACCUCCUUGCUAACGGUGAAACUGAAAAAACAAAUGCCAAACCUCAUACCCAUAGCGAGAAAACUCACCAUAGCCAUCACAGGAGCCACAAACCAUACAGCCACGAGUUUUUGGAUCUGUCGCCCAUCAAGAGACCUCAUGGCCUGCCCAAACUUCUACUUCUGCCAACCAAGCCUUUCCCAAAAAGACGGCCAGGUCUGCCCAAAAAACUGCCCACGCUGCCGCGCAAACGCGUCGCCUUUUCAGACAACAUUGCCUCGGACGAUUUUCCCGACCCAUUUUCCGACAACUUCUCUGACGGCACGCCGCAGAAAUCCAUCUUGAAGCGGCCAGUGCAAGCACUUGUGCACUGUUUCUCGGCCGCGCGCAGUUCUCCGGGCGACCGCGCCUUUUGGCAUGCGGGAACGAUUGUUCUGCUCGCGCCGCGCCUGCCAGACUUGCCUGAACUAGUGGCCGGAUGCGCGCAAGUGCUUGCAGAUCCAGACUUUGACCGCAAAUUCGAAGUCUAUGCAACACUUAGUCACGUGUGCAAAUCCAACGACGCAAGCACAUUGACUGAUCUUUUGGUGCGUCCUGCCAGCCGCAUGGAUAUUCCAAACGACAACGACAAGUCAAUGGCGGCCCAUGUGGCCUAUGGUGGUUCAGAUUCAUUGGCCUCGCGCAUUGUUGACUUUGCGCGGCGCGACGUGCUUUCGGGCGAAGCGCGUCUUUUCCGCGCCCACAAAAACGACCCAUUCCAGGCGCGCAUUUUGGGCCAGGCGCUCAAAACUGUAGCGUUUUUUUUCGCCGUGCCCGCAGUCAAUAAUGCCCUUGCCUCGGAAAGCCUAUCUUGGUUCUACGGCCAUGCAUGCGACAUGCUAGCCCAUCAGGCCAUAUCCAAGUCGUUGGUUUUGCCCUAUUUGUGUCUACUCAAGGAGUGCCACUACUCUGCUCGAAAACGGCCCCAGAUCUUUAGUGAGGACCUUCCUGACCGAAUGUUAUCAGCUUUGCUAGCAGUCCGUAGCUUCCCCAGCUCUCUGCUUGUCAACGAAAAGUUCUCCUGCUUGAAAACGCUCGUGCUCAAUUUUUCCGAGCAAAUGGCUGCAAGGUUUGAUGACUGGUUUGCCCCACUCUUGGCUGAUUUGUGCAACCUGUCGGACCUGCUCCAUGUAAAAAUUGCAGGUUCUGGUAUAACAACCCUUUUGGAGGCAGCCCGCACAUACUUGGACACAGUCAAAGUCGGUCAUAGUGUGCGGGCUUUUCUUGGUCGGCCCUUUGUGCCUACAGGCUCAUUUGUGAGCGAAUCUGCCAAUGUUGUAUCAGAAAUGAAUUCUAUCGACUAUGUUUGUUCCAGUUUGAAGACUAUGAUCGACAGCGGUCAUUAUAAAUUUGCCAUGGACAUAUGGGUAGGUUUGUCUUUACUCAUAUCGCAUGCCGGCUUGGCUUGGGAGCAGUGGGAGUAUCUUCCUCAGUGGCUCCUGGUGCAUCGCCAUUGCUUUAAUGUGGCAUCAGUUCAGGCAAAAACCACAGCUUUGUCUUCAUGGAAAGUUGUCAUCUACAAAGUAUGCUGUGUGGACCUACAAAAUCCACCAUUUGCAUCUCUUUCUGCUCCGCUGUUGGCUUCUAGUCGCUCUCGACUUAUUGACGAAAUCAAGCCAAAACUGAAGCUUUUAAUUCAUCUUUUUGUUAACAUUAUUUCUGCCGAAUAUCGACCUGAGGUGACAGAUGCGCUCCACCAUUCUUUCUUGUCUAUACUAUACAAUCUUCUUGGCCCGCUUUCGGCACCUCUGCUCAAAAUGUUAUCGGCAUAUUGGGAAAGAAUCUUUGUACCAGUUUUUGCACACUUUUAUUUCAACAAAGAAUCUGCCAACCCUCAAAUGCAUCGCUUAGGUGCAAUGGUUUUACUGAAAUUGCUAAAACCUACAAAUCCGGUGAAUGAGAAGAAUUUUGCCUGGACCCGUUGCUUGUCAAACGAAGCCAUCUCUCUCUCGGAACUUAAUUCCUUUUCUCCUCGCUGGGUUUAUCUGCAAUUCGAAAAUAUUAUGCCCUUGUUGGCUACAAUCUGCAAACUGGAGCAUCUUGAAACAGAACAGAAAUUAACGGCUAUUAAUGGUUUUCUCUCUUCCAUAAAAUACAUCACCAAAAAGGAGAUACAACCCUCCAAUACAACGCUAGACUUGGUGGACAAUUUACCUUACAUACUUCAACCACUUUUUGAGUCCAGCGAACCAAGCUAUGACGAAAUUUUCAAGCUUAUUGUCACAUUGAAUGAUACGUUCGGUGCCCCUCACUUGGUUGCCGAAGCUAAAGAUGGAAAAGGUACAUACCAGGUUAUUUUGAGCUUUUGUGCUCUGCAUCUUACAUCCCAUCAAAUGAAUGCCAUCAUGAGCAUGCUUCAUGGCACAGUUGGUGAGCGGAAAAGUCUCCUUUUCCUCUCCAAUCUCACGCAACUAAGUAAAAGUCUCGAUUCUAGUGGAGAAAUUCUCACGUUUGUUGAAGACUGUCUCAACAACAAAAAAUAUUCUCGCUUUUCACACCAAGACAUGAUAUUGUUGAGCUCUAUAUUCGAAAGUUUGGACAAGAAUUUUGCUACAGUCGCUAAGAAGCUCAUUCAGCAGAUUGUGUUACUAAAAGCUGAAGAGUUUGAGAAGAUUGUCAACGAGCUUAGGAUCAAUCACUGGAACAUUCUGAUCUUCAAGUUUUUCAUCAUCUUGAUGCAUGAUGCUCCUUUCGAUUAUCUCAAACGUGUUUGCGUCAAGUUAAUAAGGCAAAGAUUACAACUUGAAAACGAGUUUGAGGAUCUUUUUGUUUUGCUUCUCGAGGACAGGUUUGACUUUGAAAUUCACACUCUAAAAGAUACUAUCUGUGAAAGACUCGCUUCAUUCAAUAAUGAAGAAAAACAGAGUAUUAUCAAUAUGUGGCACAAUUAUUUGAGCAGUUUUUCUGGGGAUAUGAAAAAACUUGAUGAUCUUUUGACUACUUCGCACAAUCUGGGAUUGGACAUCAAAAGUAUCGUGAAGAACAGAUGGGAGACUUUUCCUAACCUAAAGAAAGCCUGGCUCAAAACAAAUGAUGCCCUCUUUUCGAGCCACGAAUCUAAUACGAACGUCAUAUCUCCAGAGAAGCAAAUCGAACAGUUAACCACACGGCAAGUUGAAUUAGAAUCCAUUAUCGCUUCGGACAUGCUACACCAUGCCACCACCAAGACUCCUAAAUUGGUUUUGCCUUCACCAACAGUCGAAGAAGAAGAGCCUGUUAAUAUUUGUGACUCAGCAGAUACAUCAGAUCAGACACAUAACGCCACUUCGGUAGCUGCUGAGCUGGAAAUGCCCUUCACUGAACAAAAAAAGACCUCUUCUGAAGAGGCGGCUUCGUCUGUUGACCAGGAAAAACGUUUUGUUGGUCAGGAAAAAUCGUCUUCUGAUGAUGUACAACUCACAUAUGAGAGUAAUUCACUCGAGCAUGCAACAGAGUCUAAUAAUACAAAAGCAUCAACAGAUACUACUGCCUCUACACUGAAGUUAAAACGUCCCAUCGAAUCGGCUUCAACAAGCCGCAGAAGAAGUAAGAGGAUACAGACACGUCGCGCAGGAGAAAUUACGGAGCUCUCUUCGGACGCGUCGAUUGUCAUUGAAAUCUCGUCGGAUGCAAAACUGGAUUCAAGCUCCGGGGCCGCUGUAUCGAAUUCUUUAGAAAAACCAAGGACCAGAAGCAACAGCCCCAAGGAUACGAGCUUCUCCAAUGGUCAAAGUGCUGACAGCGGCACAAAACAGGUGAGUGAUUCUGAUGAAAGUUCCAGAUUGAAAGAGAAAGAUUGCUCGAAUGAUGUGGAGGGACAUAUUGAAAUUGCGUCAAGUGUCGAUUACACUGACAGGAAGAACGGGACGUUCGAGUCGUCGCAGGAACCCAGUUUUCUGGAGCAAUCCAUGAUAAUCAACACUAGCAACGAUGUUUUGAACACUAGCGCCGAAAGUAUUAAAAGGCUUUCUGUUGUUGAAGAAAUACCUUCCAUGGAGGCGGAGUCUGGAUUGAAGAGAUGUACACUUUAUGAUGUGAAGGAUUGGAUGAAUAAUGCGGACCUGGAGUUAGCCCAAAUGUCGCCCGCUGACAAGUAUGAGCUAGAAACGGAGAUGAUGCGAUUCAUUCUCCGUAUGAGACAGGCUUCGUAA